ACUUGCGCGCCAAAAUAAACAUUAGCAAGGAGUGUUUUUCCUGAGUCUAAGCCUUUAACGAAACGAUUUAAUGCUUGUUAAAGAGACUUACCUUUAAUGUGUAAUGGAAGAAAGUGAAAAUAAAAGGAUCCGAAAAUCUGUGAAUUAUGCAGAAGUGUUUGGUGAUUCCAAAGAUGAAGAUGACUUUGAAGAUUUUACACCACCUCCAAAGAAGAAGAAAGAAAUUGGUGAAAUGACAAAGAAAACAGGAGUUGGAGACAUUGAGAAGAAUAUGAAUGGCUAUCAUAGUGAUAAAGAGAAGAAAGAAAAGAGGGAUGAUAGGAAACCUGAAAAAGAAAGGUAUAGAGAUGGCAGGGAUAAAAAGGAGAAAGAAAAAAGUCGAGAUGGCAAGGAAAAAAAGGAGAAAGAUAGAAGUCGAGAUGAAAGGGAUAAAAAGGAGAAAGAUAAAAGUCGAGACAGUGACAAGGAUAGAGACCGACAUAGGCACAGAAGAGAUGAUAAGUACCGAGAUAAACCAGACAGAGAGAAAGAGAGAUCAAAACAUGAUAGAGAAAGGGAAAAUAAGGAAAGGAAAUACAGUGACGAUAAGAAACGGUAUUUAGAAAAGGAAAUUGACAAAAAAACAGAAGAAAGCAACAAGAGUAAAUUAGAUAAAAAUUCAACUUCACCAAUAUCUUUUAGUUGUUCUUUAACUUCCACCCAAAAAUCCCCUAGCAGAACAACUACUACUAAGAGACUAACUAUUGAAGAAAAAUUGUUUCAACGUGAAUUGGAUGCUGCCCUUGUAUUAUCGAGACUUGACAGUGGAGAUGCAACUGAUUUUGAAAAACAACCUGAUAAAAGAAAAAUGACAGUAGACACAAAAGCAAUAAAUAGGGCAGAAGGUUCAGUGUGCUCCAUGUUGCCCGAGUCAAAAGAUACUCUUGAAACCAAACACAGCACAUUGCCGCUCAGUGACUCUGUUCAAAACCAGGAUGCCGAGGUAAACAAGCAAAAGUAUCCAAUCUCUCCACAAGAUAAAUCUGCUAUAACAACAUCUGUUAUAACGGAAGAAGCAGCAGCACACACAGACUUGCUUGAAGUAACGAAACUUGAAUGUAAUGCAGGUAACAAAAACGAAGAACCCCAACCGUGCACAUCUGCAGGGAUUACUAGCAAGAGGCAGAGGAAGACGGUGGUAUUCAAAGAAGACACUGACUCUGACAGUUUUGAUGGAUUCAGUGAAGGUGCCAAUCAUGACUCAGACUUUUCAGAGGGAAGCGAUUUUGCACCAUCUCCAAAGAAGAAAAAAACUAGAGAGAGAAAAACUACAAAAAAUGGUAAAUCAUCAAAGUCAACUACUAAACCUGAAAAAAAUAAAGGUUCUAAUCUGAAAUGCUCUCCUAUCAGAAUAGCAACAACAUCUGCAGCAAAGGAAAACAAUGCACCUCAAGUACAGUCUCUGGCUGUCGUUCAAAACGUUUCUAAAGUAACUCCACAUCGAAACUCCUCUGCAGCGACCCCUCGUAGCCCUUUGGCAGUGACCCCUCGUAGCCCUUCUGCAGUGGCUCCUCGUAGUCCCCUCAUUGUGUCCAAAGAAAAAACAACCAACUCUUCCAGCACCUUUGCCAGAGGAAAGUCCAAAAUAACUGUCGAUUCAAAAACAGUUACCUCCCCAUCUUCUCCUGGAAUUCCUAGAGUGUCUGUUGGUUUAGUUAAAACUCCCUUUAGAAGUCCCUUACUCCAGUCUUCGGGGAACAGUAGUUCAAGUUCUUGCACUAGAUCAUCGCUCGGUAAUAACCGCAACACUGGACUAAGACUCGGACUGUCUCGGAGAACUAACGUUACACCUUUACAUCCCAGUGUGUCUGGAAAAUAGCUGAAAUAUUUUAUCACUUUUAAGCUUUACUUCCAAUAUUUAUUAAUUUUAUAUACACACUUUGAUGUAAAAUUACGUUUUUACCAUAUCUGUGCAAAUGACUGUUCCUGGUACUGUGAUUAGGAAAUAAUAAAUUAUAAAAAACAUUUCAAUUUGCAUACUGUAUUCUGUUGUACAAUAAUAAAUAAACAUAUUAGUGUAUAUGUUUCAUGAAAAUAUAUCUUUCUCAUGAAAACAUACUUCAUGUGAUAAGUAUACUGUAUUAAAAUAAAAAAUUUAAAUGGUAA